UUCACAAAUGAAUCAUUUCAAGUUGGCUUUAUCUCAAAAGGGUCUGAAUUAUUUGUGGCACCGCUAUGGCUUGCAAGGUUGAACAGAUAUAAUCACAAGGGUUGUCGCGUAGGGGUUGAGGCCAGGGAAAUUGGUGGAAUAUCCCAUCUGCUCUGGAUUCGAUUCCAGACGUCCAUAACACUUGUGGCUAUUGAGUUUGUCAGGGAUGUUGUCUUACAGUUGCAAUUGCCGAGAUUAGUUGGGGCAAAGCCUGAGAUACCCCUCCAAAAAAGCCAAGAAGAAGGUAUUGGGUUUUCGAAGAUUUGUGAUAAAGAUUUAAGAAGAAUGCUGGAACCCGAGCUUUAUUCGUCGCGGAUAUUUUCACAUUUUCGAGAAGAAAGUGGCGAUGAAGAGCUUUCGGUUCUUCCUAGGCAUACGAAAGUUAUUGUGACGGGAAACAAUCGAACGAAAUCUGUUUUGGUCGGUCUACAAGGCGUCGUGAAGAAGGCUGUUGGCCUCGGUGGCUGGCAUUGGCUGGUUCUGAAGAAUGGAGUGGAAGUGAAGCUGCAACGGAAUGCUUUGAGUGUUCUUGAACCCCCUACGGGUCACGAAGAAGAUGGCGAUUACGAAUUCGACAAUUCUAGUUGUGGCUCUGACGUUGGCGAAAAAGACAAUUUCUUUGCCGCUACUAUGGAGUUCAAUAAACCGAGCAAGCCUAGAGUUCGCUACGCAAAACCGUGGGGUCCAUCUCCGUCAACAAAGCCUAUUAAUCGUACGAGUUGCCGAGAAGCGCAAUCCAAUAUCCAUCCAUAUUAUCCGAAAGUCAACUUUGCGAAGCUUGGAACCAACACGUUGUGGCGAUAUUAUAGCACCUUCAACCUUGGAAACAUUCAGCCUAAUCCAACAAAGGAACAACUGGUUGAUGCCAUCCAAAAGCAUUUUGCUUCACAGCGAGUGAGUGAACUUGAAGUGAUAAUGGAGUUCAUUCAUGCUGCAAAAAGAGAGAAAUCCAGAAGAACAAACAGUAGGGAUCGAAGUUGAGGAGAUCCGUGUGCGCUUUGUUUGUAUAAUCUAAUCGUACACAUAUAUCCUUGUUUUAGUGUACGCUAACCAACCCCGAUUUAGCUCUUACUUACGAACCAAGUAACCCUAGAGAUAGGAAACCUUGAUCGUCAAGCAACCAAUUCGACAUUCGUUGCUUCAUUUGUAACCCUGUAAUAUUUGCCCUAUCUCGGUCUAUAAAGUCCAAGUUCGUAGCUCUA